AUGCCUUGUGUGCUGGCGUUUGACAAGAAGGAAGUAGGCGGGGGGCUGACUUUUGCUCUUCAGGCUCUGCUCACUCGCCAUGAAUCCUACGUCGGCGAUUCUCAGCGCGAACAUGAACGACUCACCCAGUAUAUCGAUGACCUUGAGCAGGAGCGCACCAUCCUUCAAACAAAGAACGAAAAGAUCGUCGAAGAGAACCGCGAACUCCUUAUCCAACUUGAAAAUGCAAACUCGUCGAUUAAAGAGAGCGACGAACACGUCAGAGGCCUUGAGCUGCUUCUUCGGGACUGUGAGAUUGAAGUUCAAAGGUUGAAUUUUCUCACCCGCCGCACCGAAGAACUCGAAUUGCAAAUGCUGGACAUGGAAAGAGACCGUAUGGCACUCUCCCGCAAGGUUGAUGAUUCCAAUGAGGAAACAAAGAGCACCAUAAUGAGAUGGAAAGAGAGUGAGCUGAAGGUUCGCCAACUUGAAAAUGAGGUGCAGAAGAUCGAAUGGGAGGCUAAACAGGACAAAGAGCGUCAUGAAGAAGUUAUUGCCCGACUGGAAAGAGAGCGAGUCUUGGAAAGAGAACUGGGUGGGGCAGAGGGCAGGCUCAAGGGAGCGGCUGCUCUUCAAGGCCUCAAGGGGCAAGCAUCAGGUUCCAACGUCGUCAGCCACUUUGUUCGAGACAUCCUCCAGGACAAUGCCAACCUCCAAGCCGGCAUUGCUGAGUUACGCGAGCUCUUGCAAACAUCCAAUGACGAAGUCCAAAAUCUACGUGAACAGAUUCUUUCGCAUCAGCCUAUCGACUUUGAUAUUCCUGGCCGAGAUGGUGUCAGUUCACGCCCUCUCAGUGAACACCUCAACUGGCCUUCAGCGAUGAAGCAAGUACAACAAGAAGUUCAUGUGCACCACCACUAUCAUGCCAAGAUUGCAGGUAAGAAGGAUCGAAUUCCCACUGUCCGCCGGUCUUCCCGCAAGCGCGCAAUCAUGGGUCCUAGCGUGCUACCGUCUCCUCCUGACUCCUCUGCUCCAUCAACGCCUACCGCUGGCCCUCACCGCUUUGUUUCGAGCCCUAUCCUUCCAAUUGCCCUACAUCAACCUCAGGCCAGGCGUAACCGGUGGUCUGCGCAGUCGGCUGCUACCGGUACGUCUCAACUGUCAAGCUUUCCAGGCUCUCCAAGAUCAUAUUAUGAGCGAAGCAGCACCAUAUUUGACCGCCUGGAGGCUGGUGAAGACUCUUCGAGACCUACAAGUCCUGAAUCUGCUGCUGGUCACUCUGAGUCUAUAUUUCACCACAUCAGUUAUAAGAAAGCUGUUGAUGAAAAUGAGAAUGUUGCGCUCGGAGAGGAAGACUCGGUAGCUGAUGUCUUCGACGACUUGGAACCUGUGCAAACAGAGCCAGUCGAAGAGCGACUGGACCAAAUUGAAGAGGAAUUGGACUCCGCCAACAAUCAUUCCCGUGACCUUACACCAAAGCCUUCUCAGAUGUUGAAUACGCCGAAACGGAUUCCCAUCAUUUCCGAACCCAGGCCACCAGACUCCCCUGGGAUACAAGCAUCCUCGGAGAGUUUGACCAUCACUCCUGUCGCACCUUCAGAACUCCUGGAAUCAGCAGAGCCACAUCAUACAACCGAAUCAGAAGACUCCUCCAAUGCCUACAACUUCCACAACGUUCUUGAUAUUGCAACCCAGCCUUCACUUCGACGGAGGGGUUCUCAUGAUUCACUUGUAUCGAUUUCGGGGAUGGACAUUCAUAUCGCGAAGCGUCCUACAACAUCCACUUCCCAAUCAUCAAGCCUGCUGAAAGGAAACCGGGCUUAUUUUACCAGGUCUCCUUCCGCGACACGGACAUACGCCAGUGCACAGCCCCUGGCCACUGUCACAGAAUUCACUGCUCUCAGCUCAACGAGAUCGUUCAGCUCGAAAGCGCGUCUCCCAUCCGACUCGACGAUACCAACUACAGCGACGCCUUGCAAAGGUACAAGCUUGAGCAUUGAAGCUCUGAGUGGCCUUGCAGCCUUAUCUAGCCCAGUGCAAACAGAAUCAUCCCCCGCAUCGGGCGGAAUCACUCGUUUAGUUGGUGGUUGGGUUCGAAGCAAAUGGGGCAUCACUCCUGUCAAAUCAAGCGGAGAUCUACGUGCUCAGGCUCAAGCACGACCGCCAGUACCAAUCGAACCCUUGCCAUUCUUUGGCGGCAGAGCACCAGGCAUCAACCAACCUGGCUCGAUACCUGGCUUCAAAGCAACUCGCAAUGCGCCUACAACCGAAGUGCAAGUCAACAUGGUGGAUGCACAAGGUCUUCAAGAGAUCUUGGAGGAAUGA